GAGAAGGGGCACUGAGCACAGCUAGUGACUAGUUUCGGAGUGUUGUCAGUUGCAGUCCUGGGGGGUGGGUGAGGAGCUGCAGUUUAGGCUGACUGAUCUGACAGGUGCUUUCCGAGGAACCCCAUCCUGUGCGAGCCGCUGCUUCCGAUUGCAACUUCCCGCAGAAAGUUUGCAAACAGCCAGCCCUGCGGACCGGAGUUCCCCACAACCGCUACCACCGAGAGGCUGCAUUUGGGGACGAUGAACACCCUCAUCCUCACACUCUGCGUUGUGGUAGGGACAGGGUUUGCUCAGGAUCCUGAUUCGGUCCAUGGCUGUGCCCAAGGCAGCUGCUAUCCAGCUACUGGGGACUUACUGGUGGGUCGUCAGAACAAGCUAACGGCAUCGUCCACCUGUGGCCUGAGGAGACAGCAGCCGUACUGCAUUGUGAGUCAUCUACAGGAUGAAAAAAAAUGUUUCAUCUGUGAUUCCCGUAAACCAUACGAUCGACUGCGAAAUCCCAACAGCCACAGAGUGGAAAAUGUGAUUACAACAUUCGCACAGUAUCGUAAAAAGGCCUGGUGGCAAUCAGAAAACGGUGUGUCCAAUGUCCACUUACGUCUGGACCUGGAGGCAGAGUUCCACUUCACCCACCUCAUCAUGACAUUCAAGACCUUCAGGCCUGCUGCUAUGUUGAUUGAGCGCUCUGCAGACUUUGGCCGCACAUGGCAGGUCUAUCGGUACUUCAGUUAUGAUUGUGCUACUGACUUCCCGCAUGUCUCUCUGGGACCCCUCCGAAAGGUGGAUGAUGUUAUCUGUGAAUCGCGUUACUCUGACAUCGAGCCAUCAACUGAGGGAGAAGUAAUCUAUAGGGUUCUGGAUCCAGCAAUUCCUAUUGAAGAUCCUUACAGUCCUCAGAUCCAGAAUUUAUUGAAGAUCACCAACCUGCGUGUGAAUUUCACCAAGUUACACACCCUGGGAGACAAUCUGCUCGAUUCACGGCAUGAGAUUAAAGAAAAAUACUACUACGCUGUGUAUGAAUUGGUGGUGCGGGGAAACUGCUUCUGCUAUGGUCACGCCAGUGAAUGUGCCCCCAUUGAAGGAAUUCGAGGAGAUAUCGAAGGAAUGGUUCAUGGCAGGUGUAUGUGCAAUCACCAUACGAAUGGGUUAAAUUGUGAGAGGUGUGAUGACUUCUAUAACGAGUUGCCUUGGAGACCAGCCAAGGGACGGCAUACCAAUGCUUGUAAACGGUGUAACUGUAACAAUCACUCUGGGAGGUGUCACUUCGACAUGGCAAUGUACUUAUCCACAGGGAACGUGAGUGGAGGUGUGUGUGAUGAUUGUCACCAUAACACGAUGGGCAAGAACUGCGAGAUGUGUAAACCGUUUUAUUACCAGGACCCAUCCAGAGACAUCCGGGACCCCAGAGUCUGUGUUCCGUGUGACUGUGACCCUGACGGCUCCCUGAAUGGUGGAAUCUGUGACAGUCGGGAUGAUCCGAACCUGGGAAUGAUCGCUGGGCAGUGUCGGUGUAAGGAGCAUGUGGAAGGGUCUCGAUGUGACAAAUGUAAAGCUGGCUACUUUGGGCUGAGCACAGAAAACCCACAGGGCUGUCAACCUUGUUGGUGUGAUCCCUUUGGGACGGUAGCAGGCAGUCUGCCCUGUGACCCCGUGAGUGGAGACUGUUUCUGUAAGAGGCUGGUGACCGGGCGCAGCUGUAACCAGUGCCUGAGUGAACACUGGGCAUUGAGCCAUGACCUCAACGGGUGUCGAGCCUGUGACUGUGAUGUGGGAGGUGCAUAUGACAAUCUCUGCUCGAUGGAAACUGGCCAGUGUCGCUGUCGGAGUCACAUUGUCGGCAGGCAGUGUACGCUUGUGGACUCAGGGUAUUUCUUCAUGGCUCUCGAUCACUACACAUAUGAGGCAGAGCUGGCCCAACUCAGCAUGGGAGCAACUGUUUUACAUCGAGAGCACACUGAAAGUCGUCCUGUCACAUGGACUGGAACUGGAUUCGCAAGAGUUCCAGAAAGGGGCGUGUUGCAAUUUCAGAUUAAUAACAUUCCGUAUUCGAUGGAAUAUGACUUGGUGAUCCGCUACGAACCACAGUUUCCAAAGGAAUGGGAGAAAGUGUCCAUUUCUAUUAUCCGGCCCGGCCCAAUUCCUACCAGCAGCCCUUGUGGGAACACCAUUCCUGCUGAUGACCUGUUAGUUACAAGCUUGCCAUCAGGCUUCAGGUACGUGGUCCUCCCUCAGCCAGUCUGCCUCGAACAUGCAGUCAGCUACACAAUCCGGAUUGAAUUCAAACGUUAUUCUUCCCGUGAGAGGAUUCCUAAUGCCAAUAUUCUUGUGGACUCUAUCGUGUUGGUUCCUCGCUAUUCCUCCAUGGAGAUGUUUAUUGCCGGAGAUGCUACCUCUAUCAGGAGGAAGGAGACCUUUGAGCGUUAUCGCUGCCAUGACAACAGCAUCCCAGUUGUCAAGCCAACAAUAACGGACAUCUGUGCCAAACUGAUCAGCAGCAUGUCAGCUAUAAUUCACAAUGGGGCUCUGCCUUGCCGGUGUGACCCUCAGGGUUCACUGAGUUCGGAGUGUGAGUUGAAUGGGGGACAAUGUCGUUGCAAGCCCAGAGUGAUCGGCCGACAGUGUCAACAGUGUGCUCCUGGAACGUAUGGCUUUGGCCCAGUCGGCUGUCAAGCUUGUAAUUGUAAGCGGGAGGGAUCGUACAACAUGUUCUGUGACCAGCUGACUGGGCAGUGCCAAUGCCGGGCUGGAGCAUUCGGUCGGCAGUGCAGAGAAUGCCAACCUGGCCACUGGGGCUUCCCAAGCUGCCAGCCGUGUCACUGCAAUGGGCUUGCGGAGAGCUGUGACCAACAGACUGGAACUUGCCUUAAUUGCCGGGGCAACACUGUGGGACAAAACUGUGAACGAUGUGCUGCCGGUUACUAUGGAAACCCCAUACUGGGUUCUGGGGAUCAGUGCCGUCCUUGCCCAUGCCCUGGAGCCCUCAGCAGUAGACGACAUUUUGCCACCUCAUGCUACCAGGAUCCUGGGACGAGACAAGUGGUGUGUAACUGCGACGAAGGUUACACAGGUUCUCGAUGUGAAGAAUGUGCACCGGGUUACUAUGGUAACCCCUUGCUACCGGACGGUAGGUGUUUGCCCUGCAUGUGCCACAACAAUAUCGAUGUCAACGAUCCUCAGUCAUGUGACCGACAGACGGGUCAGUGCCUAAAAUGUCUGUACAACACGGAGGGGGCUCGCUGUGAACACUGUCGCCUGGGUUACUAUGGUGAUGCCUCUCGACGCAGCUGCAGAAAAUGUACCUGUAAUCAUCUGGGCACCAGGCCUGAUCAGUGUCCAUCAAAGGACGAGUGUGCAUGUGAUCAAAGCACAGGCCAGUGCUCCUGUCUGCCUAAUGUGAUUGGCCAGAACUGCAAUCGCUGUGCUCUAAACCACUGGAAUCUGGACAGUGGGUCAGGCUGUGUGCCCUGUAGAUGUACCAGUAUCAACUCCUUCACAUCCAAAUGUAAUGAGUUCACUGGCCAGUGUCAUUGCCGCCCUGGGUUCGGGGGUCAGUUUUGCACAGACUGCCAGGAGAAUUACUGGGGCAAUCCCAAUGUGCAGUGUCGAGUGUGUGAUUGUGACCAUCGAGGCAUCGCUACAAGCCAGUGUGAUCGGGUGACCGGGCAUUGCGUGUGCCGUCAAGGGGUAUCUGGGGUGCGUUGUGACAAGUGUGCCCGCGGAUUCUCAGGACAGUUCCCAGACUGCUACCCUUGCCAUCAGUGUUUUGGAGACUGGGAUCGCAUUGUGCAGGACUUAGCGGCUCAGACAAGGAGUCUGGUGGAGCGAGCCAGUGAGAUUAGACUAACUGGAGUCAGUGGUUUCUAUGAAAGUAACUUCCGUGGCCUGGAGGAGAAGUUGCUGCAGGCUCAGAGGAUUGUAAAUGCACGAAACGCAACUGCUAUGGCAGUGGCAGAGCUCAUGAAUGUGAUAAGAGACCUACGGAACCAAAUUUCUGGGACCACAAACAUCUUGAAUGGACUUGAAGAUGUUCUAACUGCAGUACAAAACCAGAACAGUGGUGCGAGUGUUGAACUGAGUAACCUGGAACGUGAAGCAAGAGCCCUGAAUCUUUCCAGCAAGGAGUUAUCCAGACAACUUGACAUACUGAAGCACUCCAAUUUCCUUGGGGCUUAUGACAGUAUACGAAACUCUUACGAUCAGUCGUGUCAGGCAGAGAGGAUGGUAAAUAGUUCCACAGUGACCUUCCCCAGUAUUAUCAGUGCAUCUGCUAGCACCCGUCGUAAGACGGAGCUCUUGAUGAGAACGAGGAAGGAUGAUUUCAAUCGGAAGAAUGCUGCCAACAGACGUGCUCUGAAUGACUUGGCUGCCAAAGUGCAAACAUUAAAUUUGAAGAACAUUAAUGAAAAGGUGUGCGGUGCUCCUGGAGAUUUACCAUGUGCCGACAGCCCAUGCGGUGGGGCUGGAUGUUAUGAAGAUGAUGGAACCAAGCACUGUGGGGGUCUGAACUGCAAUGGUGCCGUUGCAGUAGCUGACACUUCUCUUGAUCGAGCCCAACAGUCAGAAGAAGAACUCCAGAGAGCAAUGAAUGAGGUGGAGGAACUAUUUCAGAAGGUUGCUCAGGCCAAGGUAAAGGCGAAUGAAGCAAAGCAGAAAGCUCAGAUGACUUUGAACAAAGCAAAUGAUGCCAAAGACCGGAUUAAUCGUUCAAACAAAGAACUGCGUGACCUCAUAAAGCAGAUCCGAGACUUUCUUACACAGGAGGGUGCAGACCCUGACAGCAUUGAGAUGGUGGCCAGUCGUGUUCUGGAGCUCUCAAUUCCUGCCUCCCCCCAGCAAAUCCGUUACCUUGCAGAGGAGAUCAAAGACAAGGUCAGUAGUUUGUCUAACGUGGACACCAUUUUGGAUCAGACCGCUGAUGAUGUGAGGAAAGCAGACCAGCUCCUUCAGGAUGCAAGAAGGGCAAGGAGCCGUGCAGAAAAUGUGAAGAACACAGCCGAAGCAGUGAAGCAGGCCCUGGAGGAGGCGAGCCAAGCUCAGCAUGCUGCACAAAAUGCAAUCAGCCAUGCAAAGGGAGACAUUGAAGAGACUGAUCAGGCCCUAAAUGGGAUACGGAGUGAAACAGUGAGUGCGGAGAGACAGUUGAUGAAGGCCAUGGACAGACUGGCACAGCUUGACAACAGAAUUGAUGCACUGAAAAUGAAACGAGCCAACAACAGCCUGGUGGCAUUGCGUGCAGAAGAAACUGCUUCAGUAGCACGAGAGAAAGCCAAUGAGGCCAAACAGAUGCUGGAGGGACAGCUCUCAGAUAAAUAUAAAAUUAUGCGUGGUCUUAUAGACCGAAAGAGUGGCACAGUUUUCGAUGCUAAACACAGAGCGGAGAGUCUUCGAGAUGAAGCCAAGCAGCUCCUGAGAGAUGCACAAGAGAAGCUGGAGAGAUUGAAUGAUCUCGAGGGUCAGUAUGAAGCAAAUGAACAGGUUCUGCAAGAGAAGGCCCGGCAGCUGGAUGGCCUGGAGGACAAGAUGAAAGAAAUUUUGACAGCCAUUAAUCAACAGAUCCAAAUCUACAAUACCUGCCAAUAAAUGAACACUUACCAAAAAAGAAAAUAAACCUACAUAUAAAUCAG